GGCCUGGCAAGGAGGCAUUGUGAGUCAUAGCUGGCAGACGAGUGGGGCAAAGUGGUCCAGAAAUGGGGCCAGCCCUGAGACAGCAGCUUGGGCACCUCCAUCACAUCUUCCAGGACAGCAGGGCUCCAGACUCCCGCGCACCCCGUGCGGCCCACCCACGCUUCGCCCUGGAGGCCUUCGAGUGCCUGGCCGCGAGCCACGCGGGCCACCUGUGGGAGCAGCUGCGGCAGUUCUGGGCCGACCACUUCUCGCGCCGAUUCUCGCCGCGGAGGCCGCCGCUACGCCGCAUAGCAUCCAUGUCCACCUUCUACCUGCUGGACCACCGCACGCGCCAGGCCGAGCUGGGACUGAACUACGGCUGUCCGCGCACCCGACUGAACGACGAGGCCUUCGUGUUCCGCGGUGGUCGCUGGACGGCGGAGGGGCAGCACGCACGCCUGCGGUCGCCGCUGCCCACCGGCCCUGCCUGGAAGCCACCAGUACAGCCGAUCAAGAGCCAGGUGCUGCUGGAGGAGAACAACUACCUGAAGCUGCAGCAAGAACUGCUCAUGGACAUGCUGACCGAAACCACCGCGCGCCUGCACCUGCUGGAGAAGAAGGUGAACGCGGAUGUAGACCCCGUGGCCGCGGCGCACGCCUGGCAGAGGAAGAUGCGCAAGCACGAGGGCGCGGGUGUGCUUGUUAUCCAGCCACGCGCUCUGAAGUCGCGUGUGGUGACGCAAUAAAACCCAUGCAUAACGCCG